UUUAUAACGCGCCAAAAAUAAUUCUCCUUAAGUUCAUACGAAAAAUCAGGUCGAAGUAAAACAAAGCCUAGAGCGAAGCUGAAGACAAAUUUACUAUCCGCUUGCUUCAAUCAUUCCCACUAGUCCACCACCAUCGUCAUCACCUUCAUUUUCGUUCAAAAUCAAAAAGCAAAAUCUCCAAACUACCGAGUAGGUGCUUGCUUUCUCUUCAACCAAUUCCGAGUUCUACAGGGUUUAUGUUUUCCUCGCUGUUUUUGAAUUUUGGGACUUUGUGUAUUUUCCCCAAAUAGCGCUUCUGAUAUUGCCGACUGUUCCACUUUAAUCCCUGGGAGUGAAAUUUCAGAUUGCAUCUUCAAAAUGUUGCAAUGGAUGGGAGGAUCGAGGCGGAAAGUAGCAACUUCGAGGAAGUCUACACAGCAGAGGCAAAAGCAAUACUUUGAACAAAGAAGACGACAACAACAGCAUCAGGGGCAAACAACUGGGUUAGAGACCUAUGCAGAUGGAAUAAACAUAUCUGGGCAACAUCACAAAGAACAUCGGUCGUUGGAUAUUCUCAGUUUUCUGAACUUGUCAACGACUGCUCAAGAACAUAAAUCUGCUUGCCCCAAUCGAAGGGAAGAUGUAGAAGUCAAUGCUUCAAGAAUGAAGUAUGAUAUCACAAAGGAUCCACCAACAAUGCCUCCAAAGAUGGUUGCUCCUCUCAACUCUGUUGAAUUUAACCAAGCAAGAGCUGAAUCAGGUUUCCGAGAGGAGAUUGCAUCACCAAAAAUGGUUAUGCCUAAUCAUAACAAGUCUUUCAAUGAAAUUAAUUCUCAACCAGAUGACUGCAGGACAGAUACUGACCAGCAGUUUUCUGUGGUUGAUUUUUUUGGCGAUGAUGGGUUGAAUGACUACGUAGAAGGCAGCCCAGUACAUGAAGCUCAUGUUGCAUUUUCAGUUGAAGGUUUGGGUAAAGUGGGAAUGGAAACACCAGUCCAUUCACCAAAACAGCCGGCAAGAACAUUCACCUAUGAUUGCUCCUCGCCGUUGAAUGCUGCAAGGCAACCAAAAUCAUUCAAGAACCACAAGAAUCUGGAUGACUUUGAAACUGAAAUGGAUGCAAUGAUGCAAGAUAUCAAUAUGCCCCGAUGUAGCAGUGGUUUAGAGUUUUCUACCAAUUCAAUGGAUUCAUUUGGUUAUUCAAAGCAGAAAUUAUCAAGACAUGAUGGUCACAGUGGUAAACUAGAUAGUUAUUAUGGAUCCAGGAGAAUCUUUGACCAUGCUGAAAAUUGCGGCAAAGAUAAAUGGGAUGGUAGGCGUUGCUUCCAAGAUGAAAGCUCUUUUAAUGAAUGGGAACAUGAUUUAUCAUGGAAGAGGCCAAGUGAAAUGAACUGUGAUUCUGUUGAUAAUUUUAUGCACAGAACGUAUAAGACGCCAGAUUUUACUUUUGAAGGUCCCUUUUCACCGUUGAGGUCUGCAACAGAUAUAACAGACAAGUUUGACAUCUUAGGGGCACCUUCAUAUUCCAAGCACCAAAGAUCAGAAUAUGAUCAUGAUUUUAUGAUUUCCAAUGGGGCACGACACCAUACAGUAGGAAGGAGUUUUGAUUUUGGAGGUGUAACCAACCAACCAGAUUGGUCUUGCUUUGUGACUGAUGAAAGGGAUAAUUUGAGCUUGCUGAGCGAAGAAUCAUGCUCAUCAAGUGCAGUGAGAGUCAAUGCAAUUGAUAAUUCACUGUCAAAGUCAACUAGGAAUCGAAGCAAGAGAAGACAUGACAAUGCAUAUGCUGGACCAGAAUAUCAUGCAAAUGUAACUUCUACAGGAAAGACACAUGACAAAAGCAGACAUGAUGUUCACCCAGAGAAUAUUGCACACGGGUCAGGAAAAUGUACAAAGAUGUCAAAUUCAUCAAAGUUAAAACCAUCCCACUACUCAAACUCUCCUUUCGAUGAAAAGUUUAACCCAAACAGCAAUUGGUUCACUGAGGAGCGAUAUAUGUCGGUUAAUAUAAAUUCAGUUUGCAGUUCUUUCCAUCAAAAUUCAGAUACAAACUGUCCAUCUGCAGGCUCAAAGCUCUUGUUUGGAGAUCCUUUUAGUGCAAGUCCUGUCCCAGAAUUACAUCUUGAUCCUAGAUCUCCUUCUAAACACUCUGAACCUGUUGCAAGUUCACCUUCUGGCAGUUUUAUUACUGAGAAAUUUGAAUUUCAUGAUUCUCCUAAAACUUCUAAGAUAGGGGUUGGAUCAACAAAAACAGAGUUGUUUCCCUAUUCUCCUGGAAACACACCAUCUCCUGAUUUAUCAGCGCAGGAAAGUGUCAGCAAAGUUGAGGGAAGAAAAGCAGAAUCCCAGCCCAGCGAAGAAUUUAAGCUUGAGGAAGAAAGUUGUAUUAUGAACAACGGUUUGUUCACAGAAAACAAUGAUGAAAUGGGUGCUUUAACAUCGAAGAGCAAGAACAGUGAAUUUAAGGAAGCAAAAGAUGCAGCUCCAGGACUAAAGGCAAGUGUGAAGUCAACCUAUUUUCCUGAUCAUGCAGAGAAGGCAUCAUCGUCUCUGAAGACUCUAGGCAAAUUUGACAGCAAAAUAGAUGGCAAGGAGUAUGUUGUACAAACAUUUAAGUAUUUCCUCUCCCUCAAGUUUUUAUGUUUGGUUCCCCAACUCUUCUUUAAGCCUAUUAUAUUUGUACUUAAGAGGUUUUCAUUGUUUCCAGAGAUCCCCAUGGUUAUGAAAUUCCUCUUCCAUGUCAACAUCGGACCAAAGAAAUGGAAGAUGCUGAGCCUCAGGAAAGAAAGAAAGAAACUAAACAACAAGGUGAUUUUGUUGACUCAUCUUGUCGGGUGAUGAUGCUUCAGAGCUAUGUUCAGUUUCUUUGUGUGCAGAAGGUGCUGAAGGAGGCAGCUGCCCAGACUGGCAUAAAGAAGAAAUAACACGUUUGUCACGACUGACGUCUAAAUAGAUGUGGGGAUUUCGUCGUUAACAUCGUUUUCAGUUGUGUCAUGGAUUUUGCACCCUGCCCUUCCAUAUAUGGUUCAGGAGGUGAUUUUGCAACUGCCUGCAGAUCAUACUGGUAUGGUAGAUUACAGCAGCAAAAAGGAGCAGAAGCACAAACUAUGCUUAAAUUUAAAUCUCUUGUACGUGUGAACAAUAACAUAAAAAAAAUAAAAACAUGAUCAUAAGCUGAUUAUAAUAGGAUUUGAAGAGAUUAACAAGGUUACAAUGUAUGUAAGUGUCUGAUGCAUCAAACAGGUUUUAAGUAUCGAUAGCUAUAUUGCUGUUAGCCUUUGUGAUUCUUUUCUUGUAUAAAUCCUUGUCUUUUAUAGUGGA